CAACAUUUUUGAAAAGAACAGCCAAGCGUCUUCCGUAUUUGUGAAUAUACGGAGUAUAUAGUUAGAGAGAUUUUCAGCACAUAUACUACAGAAUUAGGAAGAUGAUGUCAAGCAAUUAUACAGCCAUUGAUGAUCAGAAUGUCUCCGGAUCUGUUCCUGCAGUAGCAGAUCCUCCUCCCCAUGUUGCCGUCAAAUUCACUGAGUCGAAUCUCCAGACAUUUCCGCCUUCAAGUUCACAGGGGAAAAUCUCUCGCGGCUCUGGUCCUCCACGUGAUGCUGAUGAUACUUUCUCCAAACCAGCAUCUGGCUCUGAUGUGCCCCAGCAGAGUGGCUGGUUAAGUGCUUUCACUGUUUCUGCUUACAAACCCUAUUUUGAUGUUGACACAUCUGAUGUUUUAGAAAGGAUAAAAGAUUCACUCAUUCCUUUUGGUGGAGCCUUUACUGAGAAAACUUCGAGUAGCCCAGAUUUGUAUGUUGCCACUGCCAUGAACUUUUGUUUGUUUAUUCAAUUAUUCUCAGCCCAGCUAUUCAUUAUUCUAUCAUUCUUUAGUCAUAUUAGUUGCACCUCUAAGGCUCUAACUGAUACACAUAACUUGCUAGUCUGUGAUACUUUGCAUAUGUAGCAAAUUCAAUAGUUUGUGCUAAUUCUGAUCGCAUUAUUCAUUUUACUCAUCCAGUAUAGGUGGCCAUGCUCCUGUGCUUUAUUUUGAUACCAGAUUUGUGGACAUUUUUGCUUCUCGUAAUUAGUGUAUGCAAUAUAUCUUAUGCUCUACUGGAUGGGAAAACAGAGGCUUGUCUCUAUAAAUUUAUUAUGCCUUGCAUCUGAUUAUCUGAAUUAUGGUCCCAUUUUAUAAUCAAACACUUGUGGUUAUGUGCUUUGCUGAAACUUCAUAGCAUCUAAAUUUAUAGACGACCUGAUUUGUGAUGUUAACUAAUUACCAGUCCUUUUUCGUGAGUCAUUAAGAAUGGACUGUCGGUUAAGUAGUAGAUGAUGUAAUUUAAGAAACACAAACAUAUUUUAAUAAAAUUUGAAUGAUAAAAAAAAAUCUUUAAUUUUGAUGGAUGUUUUUAAAAAUGACAAUAUUGCCCUCACGCCAAUAUCUUGUUUCUUUCAGGUAUGGACCAUUCUGGAUAUGCACUACACUAAUAUUUGUGGCAGCUGCCAUUGGGACAUUUGUUACAUAUUUAGCCCACAAGAUCCAGAACAAAGAAUGGGACUAUGACAUCAAUCUGGUGACUUGGUCUGCAUGUGUAUUCUAUGGAUAUGUGCUUAUAGUCCCUCUCUGCUUAUAUGUUGUACUCAAGUACUUAUCUGCCCCAGCCAGCCUCGUCCAGCUGUUCUGUCUUUAUGGAUAUUCCCUAUUUGUCUUCAUCCCUACAUUGUGCCUCUCAGUCGUCCCAAUUGAAAUAUUCAGAUGGGUGGUUGUUGGUGUGGCUGGGUUUAUGUCUGCUACCUUUGUCGCCCUUAAUCUCAGGACGCACAUCGUUUCAGCUGGGGAGAGGUGGUUCUUGAUUGUGGCUGGUAUCUUUUUGUUGCAGCUUGCCCUUUCUUUGGUCCUAAAGCUGUACUUGUUCAACUUCACCGUAUAAAUAACUCACUCGCUCCCUCACUCCACCACCAACUGUAGUUAAAAGAGAGGCGCGCUAGUGUUGUAUCAACCAAAUGGGAUUGCUAUAUGCCUAUACGUCCUUAAGACAAUUGCAUCGGUUCAAUUUUAAUUAUGCACAUUAUUAUACGACAAUAGUCCUUCAUUCAGUAAAAACAUUGUCACCUCCACAGUAGGACAGAGGCUGUUUCGUUAUGUUGCUAUUGUUGCUGAGGAAUUUUGAAUUUUUGGUGUUUGUUUGUGAUCAUGUUUGUAAAAUUACACAUAAAGGCUCACAAAGCUACAAAUAUGGAAUCUA